CGGCUCUCGGCCACAAAGAUGUCCUGCUACGACCUGUGCCCGCCCAAGGCCGAGCUGUGCCCGCCCCGAGCCAGCGUGGCCGUGCCCCAGCCCAUCGCCGAGAGCUGCAACGAGCUGUGUGCCCGCCAGUGCCCCGACUCCACGGCCUUCAUCCAGCCGCCCCCCGUCGUCGUCACCUUCCCCGGCCCCAUCCUCAGCUCCUUCCCCCAGCAGGCCGUGGUUGGCUCCUCCGGAGCUCCUGCCUUUGGCGGCUCCCUGGGGCUGGGAGGCCUCUACGGCGCCGGCGCCACCCAGGGCUCGGGGGGGCUCUGCACCUUCCCCAGAGCUGCUCCUGCCUGCAGCCCCUGCCUGCUGCCUCGCUACACCAGGAAGCUCUGGGACACCUGCGGGCCCUGCUAGGCUCAGCCCCAGCAGCCUCAGCUCCACGGGCACCUCUCACAUGAGCCCUUCAGCUCCUUCCUCCUCUCCUGCUCCUGCCUCCUGACCGCAGGCUCCACUCGCCUAUGGCUCCUCUGGCCACUCGCUUGUCUCUGCAGCAGCCACAGCCGACACAAGCCUGCAGGAGGAAGAGCUCUCUGCGAGCCUGCAGGCAGGGGCCAGCUGCCUGCCUCUGUCCCACAGCUCUGCCUCCACUGCCCCUCCUCCUGCCCCUGCAAUAAAGCAAUCCUGCAGCCGACCUCUGCCUCUCUCCUUGUCCUUGCCAGGCCCAGCAUGGCCUCAGGGCUCCUUCACCCUGCACUUGGUGCCCACCAGCUGUGCCAAAGCACUGUCUGAGCCUCAGCAG